AUGGGACCCAAGCAACGCGUCGAGAACGCGCAGCCUUGGAUGUGCAAGUGGUGCGUGCACAAGCCCACGGGGACAGCUUGGAUCAAUCGGUCUGAUCACAAGUGGUGCGCGCAAUGCAACUUGCCCAAGGGAUCGGCGUUCGGAGGAGUGCCGCCGCCCAAGGUCCCCGUGGCGCGCAGCCCAGCGAUGCAGUCUCAGCGUGAAGUUGCCCUGGCACGGCAGCUCGCCGACCUUCAACGCCAGAUGCAGCAGAUGCAGCAACCGUCGACUGGCAAUGACGCCGCGUCUGCUUCCACUCCGCCCUGGGCUACUGACGCCAGUCCUCAGGCUGCACGGCGCACUCGUCUGGCAGAGAUUGGUAACAUUCUCAAGUCGCUGGGGACCGCUGAUGCUGAGUACCGUGACAAGCUCCUGGCGGAGCGCACUUCCCUGCAGGAGCAGCUGCAGUCCGAGAAGCCUCUCGAGAGCAACGUCAGUGCUCAGAAUCGGAAGGUCACGGAGGCUCGGAAAAAGAAGGCCAACUGUGCGGCCAAGGUCCAGGCGGCCAUGGAGGCGGUCGAGAAGGCCAAGGAAGCUUUGGCCAAGGCCGAGGCCGCUGACACCGAGGCUGCCACCAACUUGCUCUCCUUGGAGAACGAGCUGCGGGAAAUCGUGGCGCGCGGGCUUCCUGUCGGUGGCGAGGCGAAGCCGCCAACGCUCAGCACGGUCAUCCCUGGUCUCAAGUCCACCGUGUCUCAGCUGGGUGAGGUGCUGCAAUCUCUCGGUGGCUCUGAGCGGUUUGCUGCUGGCAUGCAGGCCAUGGCGGAGAUGGUCGCCAAGCUGGAGCAAGAACCAACAGAGGCGAACCAACCGCCACCUCCUGCGGCUGAGCCUGCCGAGCAGACCGCCGAGGAAGCUGAGGAGAUGGCCGUCGAUCAAGAGGAAGAGGCUCACAAGCAUAUUGACGAGAUGGACGCGCCCACUUGCCGUGAGCAUCUUCGCAGCUGUGGUCUCGAGGUACCUGCGCCUGGCGACGUGGAUGAUGAUGACGACGCUCCUGUCCUACGUGAUCGGCUCAAGCGGCAUUUGGCCAGCGCGCAGAGCCUCGCCAAGAAGCUCAAGGCCACUUCGAAGCGCUCCAUCCGCUUCGGCUUCCUUGUCGAGUUCGACUGGCUGCGGGCCCCCUGCGAAGGACCGCCGUGCGAGUUCUCUGGGCCUGGGAUCGGCUGGAGGGGUGCCUGCGAGUACCUCUUCGACCUCGGCCACGCGCGGACCCACGAGUACCGCGCUGAUUGCUCGGUCCUGGCGGUCCAGGAGACGCAUGUGGACCAAGAGCACUUGGCCGACAAGCAGCACGCCAUGCUCGACGCGGGCUGGAAGGGCCUGUGGGCACCUGCCAUCAGCAGUGACAGCGGCGCUGGUACUUCAGGUGGCGUGGCAGUUUUGGUUCCGUCGUACAUCACGGCCAUGGCUCCGCCGCAGCUUGACAGCCAUAUCUUGAUUCCAGGACGCGCAGUGGCUUGCCACGUUCGAUGGGGGCUGCCGGGUGGACUUGUGGUCAUCUCGGCGUACCUCAAGGACGGCGAGGGUUCCGGUGCGGCCAAUUGCUCGUACGUUUGGGCCCUC